CUAAGCGUUUCCGUCGCGGCGCACGACAGCGACGCAACAGGCGUUCGUUCGGUAACAGAACGCGUCCCUCUCUACCGGGCAUUCGCGAGACUACACGCCCAGUGAUCUCCGCCAACUUAGCUUCCUACGCUCUCUGUGUGCCCUCUACCGCCGUCUGCAAGAAGAAUCACCGCGAAGCAUGGCUACGCAAGUGUUCGAGCAGCAGCCGCACGAUGUCUUCAAGCCGUUAGCGUGGGACUUUAAGCUCGAGUCGCCGCCGACGACGCCCGUUCCUUCCACGGCCCCUGCCGCCGCGCUGAGCUACGAGAUCCGCCCCCUGACGCAGCAGGAUGGCCCCCGCAUGAUCUCGUUCCUGCGGCGCCUCUUCUUCCGCGACGAGCCGCUCAACGUGGCGGUGCAGCUGUUGCAGCCGGGGGAGGAGACGUGCCACGAGCUGGAAGACUACUGCCUGUCCUCACUGCCCGACAACCUAUCGCUGAUGGCGGUGGACGCGGCGUCGGGCGAGCUGCUGGCGGUCUGCAUCAACGGCAUCCACGAGCCGGGCGGCGAGGCUGAGGGGGAGGCGGCGGCGGCGCAGUGCCCCAACCCGCGCUUCCGGCGCAUCCUGCAGCUGCUCACCUUCGUGGACGCCCGCGCCUCGGCCGAGCUCGCUAGGCUCUUCCCCGACCCGGCGGACCGCCGCCAGCUCGAGGUUCGCGUCGUCAGCGUAGACGCCGCUGCCCGCGGCCGAGGACUCGCCACGGCACUCAUCAGCCGCUCCAGUGAGCUGGCGAAGCAACAGGGCAUCCCACUGGUGCGUAUUGACUGCACCAGCCACUACACGGCGCGCGCCGCCAGUCGGCUCGGCUUCGAGCGCGUCUUCUCCGUGCCGUAUGCCCAGUACGAGCGAGACGGGGAAGUCGUCUUCACACCCGCCGAGCCCCACAGGGAGGUCGCUACCUGCAUCAAGAGGGUCGUCUAGUGCCGAAGAAACAGCAACAGUAAAAGUAUGUCGGUACAAACUGGUAAAUAGUAAAGGCAAAAUAGUGCUCUAUACAACUUCAAGUACAAAAUGUGCACAACGAGUUACUGUCCUCUAGGUUACAGCUUAGCCUCAGCUUAUGCAGGUAUCCUGAGACGUAACGCCUCGACAGGUUGCUCACUAUAACGUAAUCCUGACUAGGAUCAAGAUGCAGGGAACGGUGGGGCAAAGUGACCAUAAAGCGACCAUUCCAGGGGAAACUGGAUUUUCACAAAACAGUGCAUCUUGACAGACGUCAAACCUACACAUUCUGAAUGUACGUAAUAUAAGGUAUCCAACCGAACAUUUUAAGUGAAAUGGAAAGUAACUUAUAUAUGAAUCACACGCGUUUUUCUGAACGCUUACAUAGUGACCACUUUCCCUAUCUAACGGGAUAAUGCGGCCAAUGCCAUCGCAACAGGAUCCCAUUUUUGUUAUUCUGAUUUCAACACGUAGUCCAGUCAUCUUGAUGCCCUAGUACAUGGAAAAUACCGUAAGGCUGCAGCAGACUGUUUUCCGUCGACAAAUGUAACAGAACAGAGAUGGUUUUACAAAAGGAUAUAACAACGGGUGAUAGCUUUGUUUAUGAAAGGAUUCAGAAGAUAGUCUGAUUUGUAGCAUUAUGCAUGAUAAACGUAUGUAAUUAAUUCUUAUUGGGGAAAUACCUUGGCCACGUCUCCCGGCGAGUAGUGUGGCAACAUUUCCCUACCGGGUGUAGACAUUAGUGGUUCACGGGUGCAAUCAUCGAAAAGAAGGAAACAACAAGUAACUACAUUUUUAGCCCCAAGGUACUGCUUAGAUAAGUUGUUUAUCCAGAAUGUAAAAUGAAUGACUUAAUUUACAUCAGGGGUCUGAAAAUCCGAACAGAUGUUAUGAAAAAUUCCGCAACAAGCUUCCUCUUUCAAAUCUUUAACAAUAAUCAUGGUGUAUAUUAGAACUGGUUUGCCCACUCUUUGGCAUGUAGCAGUACUGAUCAGUCCAAAAAUAUACGAUGGACACUUUACCACACCGUCCUCUACUACUAUGAGUCCUGUAUGCAUUAGCACAAAGUUCUGCGAAACUCCGCUAAUGCCUGGCUUUGAUAAAUUUUGUUCCAGUUGUCUACUCUCUCUCUCUCUCUUUGUCUCUCUCGCUCAUUUUCACUCACACCAACAUACAUUAACACA